CCCACCUAAGCCAACGGUGUUCAUCUCUGGUGUCAUUGCUAGGGGUGAUAAGGACUUCCCUCCAGCAGCGGCUCAGGUAGCUCAUCAGAAACCACAUCCUUCUGUGGAAAAGCUUCCUCCCCCACAGCAUGUCAAACAGCACAUCCACCAGCCUCGCAAGUGA